CAGGUAGGUGGGUUGCGGGGGACACAGGAGAGUUAAAGGUAGGGAAAAGAAAAUGGCAAGAAGGGUUGGUAAUUAGAAAUUAAUUUCUGGGAGUAAGGUAGUUGAUGCUCAGAAGAGAGAGACCUAAUUACAAUGUUUAAAUGUGAGACAGCAGUAGAUUGCUCAUGAGAUAUCUGUGUGUCUACCUAUCUCUUUAAAGAAGUUGAUUAACUUGCAAAUAGUGCUUUUAUAUACUUCGUUGAAAAUUGUACUAUGAUAAUAUACUGGUUCAUUCACUAAAAAGUGAACUUUCCCAGGCCCAUUCAUGCUAUUUACCUUGCUCACAGACAUGAAUUUUUUUCCUGAGAUGUAACCUUCACUGCUUAACUGUGUUUUAAAACUGUAACCUCAUUUCCUUCCAAAUUGGAAGCAUUCCAGUCUUUUCUGUGAUCAUUGCUAUGCUUGUAUGUUGAAUAAGGACAGAAAACAAGGAAAAACCUCAGUGCUUUGAAUAAAGAUGCACUUAACCUGUCUGGCACAAAAGUAGCCUAUAGUACAGAGGACUGCACAUAGCUCGUCUCUUAAUGGGUCUUGUUUGUCUGUGAUGGAGCGGUGUUUGCUUCUGAGAGCACGUGUGCUUCUGUGUGUCUCAGUGUGUAUGUGUGCUUAUUCAGCUUUUGCAUUCAGCCUGCGUCACUCCUAUGGUAAUCAGUAUCUCUCAGUGACCCCCGUAGGUGAGGAGGGUUUCUUUGAUAGAUAAAGACCCACUCUUCCCAGACAUUAAAUGUGCAGAAUGCCUCGAGGGCUCUGAGCGCUGCACUAGCAUGCAAGUCUCAUACCCAAAGUAGCCACAGCGCCUGCAUUCCCACAACAGCAGCAGCCCUGAGCAGAUGCUUCCAGUGUGCUUCUCUGGCUGUGCUUUUUACUUUGAGACAAAGUUCUGUAAUCGCAUCUCAUGGAUUUAUUUUCUCUUCACUGUAAAGCCUGGAUUGUGAAGAUCUCAUCAUGCUAUAAAAGGAAGCAUGAACCAAGUUCUGGGGUCUGCUGAGGAUUUCUUUGCCUUCCCCCUUCCCCUGUCUGGAGAUGUGUAUGAGAAAAAGGCUUUGCCUUUAGAGAAAUUUUACUGCUCUGGCCAAUAAUGUGUAGCAUUAUUAAAUUUAAUGGCAGACCUUGAAGUGUAUAAAAACUUAAGUCCAGAAAAAGUUGAAAGAUGCAUGAGUGUAAUGCAGUCCGGGACGCAGAUGAUCAAAAUGAAGCGUGGGACCAAAGGCCUCGUGCGGCUCUUUUACCUGGAUGAGCACCGGACCCGCCUACGUUGGAGACCAUCUAGGAAGAGCGAGAAGGCAAAAAUCCUUAUUGACUCCAUUUACAAAGUCACCGAGGGCCGGCAGUCGGAGAUAUUCCACAGACAGGCUGAAGGCAACUUUGAUCCCAGUUGCUGCUUCACCAUCUACCAUGGCAACCACAUGGAGUCCCUGGACCUCAUCACCUCCAACCCUGAGGAGGCACGCACCUGGAUCACAGGACUCAAGUACCUGAUGGCUGGCAUCAGUGAUGAAGAUUCCCUUGCCAAAAGGCAGAGGACCCAUGACCAAUGGGUGAAGCAGACCUUUGAGGAAGCUGAUAAGAAUGGCGAUGGCUUACUGAAUAUUGAAGAGAUUCACCAACUGAUGCAUAAACUAAAUGUCAAUCUGCCUCGAAGAAAAGUCAGGCAAAUGUUUCAGGACAUCAAGGCAACCAGGAUAGCACCACUAAAGAUACGCACGAGGACUUCUAGUACUGUGUCAGAAAGUGGCAAGAAUGAUGGGGAAGCUGACACAGAUGAGAAUCAGGGAACUCUGACAUUUGAAGAGUUCUGUGUUUUUUACAAAAUGAUGUCCUUGAGACGAGACCUGUAUCUGUUGCUGUUGAACUACAGUGACAAGAAGGACCACCUAACUGUGGAAGAACUGGCUCAGUUUUUGAAGGUUGAACAAAAGAUGAGUAAUGUGACAACAGACUAUUGUCUUGACAUCAUAAAGAAGUUUGAAGUUUCAGAAGAAAACAAGGUGAAAAAUGUCCUUGGAAUAGAAGGCUUCACGAACUUCAUGCGUAGUCCUGCUUGUGAUGUAUUUAACCCCCUGCACCAUGAAGUGUAUCAGGACAUGGAUCAGCCCCUCUGCAACUACUACAUCGCUUCCUCUCACAACACAUACUUGACUGGAGAUCAGCUCCUUUCUCAGUCCAAGGUGGAUAUGUACGCACGGGUGCUACAAGAGGGCUGUCGCUGCGUGGAAGUUGAUUGUUGGGAUGGCCCAGAUGGAGAGCCAGUAGUACACCAUGGUUAUACUCUCACUUCAAAAAUUCUCUUCAGAGAUGUUGUGGAGACCAUCAACAAGCAUGCCUUUGUGAAGAAUGAGUUCCCAGUUAUAUUGUCUAUUGAGAAUCAUUGCAGCAUCCAGCAGCAAAGGAAGAUUGCUCAGUACUUGAAAGAAAUAUUCCAAGACAAACUGGACUUGUCAUCUGUAGACACAGGAGACUGCAAGCAGCUUCCAAGCCCUCAAAGUUUGAGAGGCAAGAUUUUAGUUAAGGGCAAGAAGUUGCCUUAUCACCUUGGGGAUGAUGCAGAAGAAGGGGAAGUUUCUGAUGAAGACAGUGCAGAUGAAAUUGAAGAUGAGUGCAAGUUCAAGCUACACUGUAAUAACGGGACGACUGAGCAUCAGAUAGAAUCUUUCAUAAGGAAAAAACUGGAGUCACUAUUAAAAGAAUCUCAAAUUCGAGACAAAGAAGAUCCUGACAGUUUCACAGUGCGAGCACUCCUGAAGGCUACACACGAAGGCUUAAACGCACACCUGAAGCAGACUCCAGACAUGAAGGAAAGUGAAAAGAAAUCACAUGGACGAUCCCUCAUGACCAACUUUGGAAAACACAAGAAAACCACAAAGUCACGUUCUAAAUCCUGCAGUGCUGAUGACGAGGAAGACGCACAGCAGAAUCCUGGCAAGGAGAGUGGCCAGCUGUGCAGGUUGGGCCGCCGGAGGAAAACCAUGAAGCUUUGCCGAGAGCUCUCUGAUCUGGUUGUGUACACUAACUCUGUGGCAGCCCAGGACAUCGUGGAUGAUGGCACCACAGGAAAUGUGUUAUCCUUCAGUGAAACAAGAGCACAUCAAGUGGUUCAGCAGAAAUCAGAGCAAUUCAUGAUUUAUAACCAAAAGCAACUCACAAGGAUUUACCCCUCUGCCUACCGCAUAGAUUCCAGUAACUUUAACCCUCUGCCAUACUGGAACACAGGAUGCCAGCUUGUGGCACUGAACUAUCAGUCUGAAGGACGAAUGAUGCAAUUAAACCGAGCUAAAUUCAAGGCUAAUGGCAAUUGUGGCUACGUCCUCAAACCCCAGCAAAUGUGCAAAGGUACUUUCAACCCGUUCUCUGGUGAUCCACUUCCUGCCAACCCCAAAAAGCAGCUCAUCCUAAAAGUGAUCAGUGGACAGCAACUCCCCAAACCUCCAGACUCCAUGUUUGGAGACCGAGGCGAGAUCAUUGAUCCUUUCGUUGAAGUUGAAAUUAUCGGGUUGCCAGUGGAUUGUUGCAAAGAUCAAACUCGUGUGGUGGAUGACAAUGGAUUUAACCCUGUGUGGGAAGAAACCCUGACAUUUACAGUACACAUGCCGGAAAUAGCUUUGGUUCGGUUCCUUGUGUGGGAUCAUGAUCCCAUUGGAAGAGACUUUGUUGGACAGAGGACUGUGACCUUUAGCAGCUUAGUGCCUGGCUACCGGCAUGUCUAUUUGGAAGGACUCACAGAAGCAUCCAUAUUCGUCCACAUAACAAUUAAUGAAAUCUAUGGAAAGUGGAGCCCUUUAAUCCUCAACCCAAGUUAUACUAUUUUGCACUUUCUAGGAGCUACAAAGAACAGACAACUCCAAGGUCUGAAGGGACUAUUCAAUAAGAAUCCCAGGCACAGUUCUUCAGAAAACAAUUCCCAUUAUGUACGGAAACGAUCCAUUGGAGACAGGAUUCUGCGUCGCACAGCCAGUGCUCCAGCCAAAGGCAGGAAAAAGAGCAAAGUGGGCUUGCAAGAGAUGGUAGAAAUAAAGGAUUCUGUGUCUGAGGCCACAAGAGAUCAAGAUGGCAUCCUGAGGAGGACCACACGGAGCUUGCAAGUCCGCCCUGUCUCUAUGCCCAUUGAUAAAAGUCUUCUGGGGGCUUUGUCACUGCCUGUUUCUGAGAUGGCAAGAGACAAUGAAGGAAAAGAAAACUCUCUGGCAGAAGAGAAAGAUGGUAGAAAAGGGAAGGCAUGUGUAAAAGACCCACAUUUCCCAGAUUUCAGCAAAAAGUUAUCCUCCUCCUGCACUCUCCUCCACAAAGAUGCCAGCCGAGGGGGCUCUGCUGUUUUCACAGCCAAGGAGUCAGUCCCAGGAGAACAGUCCGGAGUGCCACGCCCUACAGGGGGGAGAACCAAAUCCAGUGUGACAAGUGAUCGCCGUGAAAACCACUGUCCCAACAAAUCCCUUUCCCCAACGCGGCUUUUGGCUCGUGAUCCUCACGCUGAUCCAACCCCAAAUUUGCAUGGUGUGAAAACCAAUGAAAAGGGAAUUGCCCAGGGCUUUGUGGAAGGGAAAAGCAUGUCAUCAGAAAGCAUCCUUUCUCAGAGCACUCUAGAGAGCAAGAAGCUGGAAGGUGACAAAGAUACAGGCAGAGCCAUAACAUCCUUUUCUUUAUCAGACGUCUCCAUGCUCUGUGCUGACAUCCCUGACUUACAUUCCACUGCCAUUCUGCAGGACACUGAGCUUUCCCGUCUUAUUGAUAAUGUCAUUUUAACAAAUGAGAAUGAGCCGGGCAGUUCCAUCUCAGCAUUGAUUGGCCAAUUUGAUGAAACCAACACUCAGGCUAACCUCACAGUGGCUUCUCAUCUUCACAGCACUAGUAUGAUGUCAGGCCAUCCUCCUUUACCUACCAUGGCCCUGAAAACACCCUUCAAACAUAGUUUUUCCAAGGAAAAACUGAGGGCACCCUUCCUGUGUUCAUCUCCGGAACUGAUCACAUCCUCGAAUCCUGAGACCACCAAACUUGCAACAUACACAGUUGUUUGUGAAACAGCUGGCACUCCCAUGUCCAAAACUAAACAAGAUGAUGAGCUCUCUGGUAAGAACAAGAUGAGAGCCAUGGAUGCCAACCUGCCUAGAUCCCCUAAUGGUUCUCCUGACUGGUUACCAAAAAGUCCGACCAGUAAUGGAGCCUGGGGAGAUCUAAAGAGCCACUGUCCUGCCAUUUCCACUGACUUAACACUAGGAGAUAUAGUCAAUGAUCCCACUCUUGGCAUAAAUUCUGGAGAGAGCAGCCUUGUGGAAAUUGAUGGGGAGUCAGAAAAUCUGUCUCUCACAUCCUAUGAAUAUAGGAGAGAUAAUACAAGUCAACUUGCCUCUUCAUUAGAGCUGAAGUAUAGCCAGGAUUUGGUAGAGCACUUUCAAAGAAGUUUGAGAAAUGGCUACUGUAAAGAGACUCUCCACUCUUCUGUCCCUGAAGUAUUCCACAAUAUUCAAGGUGUUCAAAAUCAGAGUAUUUCUUGUCUAAACUAUCAGGGUGCUGGCUUUGUGCAUAACCAUUUCUCAAAUUCAGAUGCAAAAAUGAACCAAAUCUGUGAGCCGCAGCAGUCUAGUGCUCAAGAUGUGCAUGACCCUGUACCCACACAGUCAACAUAUUCUUCUCUGCCUGCUUUGAAACUGUCAAGUCCUUGCAAAUCCAAAAGUCUGGGGGACUUAACAUCAGAGGACAUUGCCUGCAAUUUUGAGAGCAAGUACCAAUGUAUUAGCAAGAGUUUUGUUACAGCCGGUACCAGAGACAAGAAGGCUGUCACUGUGCAAACAAACUCGCUGGAACCUUUAGAUGCCCUAACUGAGCAGCUUCGGAAGCUCGUGUCCUUCGAGCAAGAAGACAGCUGCCAAGUCUUGUAUUCAAAGCAGGAUGCCAGUCAGUUUCCCAGGGCACUGGUCAGAAAGUUGUCUUCCAGAAGUCAAAGCAGAGUGCGCAAUAUUGCCAGUCGUGCCAAAGAGAAGCAGGAAGCCAGUAAGCAAAAAGUGGGGAACCCUAGCAAUAGCGGAGGAGUGGUCCUUAGAAACAAGUCCCCAGCACCUGCCCCGGCUGUGAACCGCCACUCCACUGGCUCCUACAUUGCCGGCUAUCUGAGGAACACGAAAGCGGGCAGCCUGGAGGGCCGCGGCAUCCCCGAAGGGGCCUGUACAGCCCUUCGCUAUGGCUAUUUUGACCAGUUUUGUUCAGAUAAUUCUGUUUUGCAGACUGAGCCAAGCAGUGAUGAUAAACCAGAAAUUUAUUUUCUUUUGAGACUGUGAAAUGUAUAAAGUUGCAUUUUCAAUGUUUACAAGUAUUCUAUCAAAUGUUAGUGUUUUCAGUUGUCAGUAAAUAUGAUCCUUGGCUUUGAAAUGAUUUUCAAAUGUAUUUUAAACUUGUAUUUUGAUCUGCAUUUGAAUUCCUAGGUUCUCUUUGUUCAUGUGUUUGUAUAUAGAGUCCAUGGCACUUCCCUCCCACCCACUGACGAUCUUUCUCCUUUGAGGUGUUGUAAACUGUAUCAGUAUGAUAUGUAUGCAUGCCCUAGAUGUGAAACUUCUCAGCAGCUUGGGUCACAAUGUUCCUACUGUGUCACGAAGAUGCUUUUCACUGUGUCCUCAAAUUGCUGUCACAAAUGUCAUUUUUAUUCUCUUUUAAGUUGAUUAGGACACUUUGCAAACAACAAAGGGAUGAAUUCUUUAUUUGCAUCUGUUUUCACUUUUCCUUCUAUAUCAAGAAACACAGAUGCAGCUUUAUAAGUCAGUUAAAUGAAGUUUGAAGUAGUUACCUUGUCUUUUAAGAUGCCCUUACCCCUCCCAGAAUGAGUCCACAGGAAGAGCUGCUUGCCAAGACCCAUCUUCCCCUCCCCCUUUAGAGCAAACUGUGAGGAAGAAAGCAAACUUCUGUACAUAAGGACAAAAUUGUUUGUUUUACAUAAAUUUUGUUACAUAUUUUUGCUAAUGGCUUUGUAUGUAACAAGAACCUAGUUGCCAAGCUACUUGUCAUGCUUUUGGAUUAUCAAGUCACAGACAAGCCAGCAAUGGCUUGCAGAACGAGGGAUGUCCAUCAGACUAAAAAUAGUAGUAGCACAAACUGAAAGCUUCCCCUAAAGCUUUCAAGAAUAAAAAGAAAAUAUUUUCUCAUAAUAAAAUCCAAGUGAAUAGAUAAUGAUUAGAAGAAACCUUUUCCCUUUAGGGAAUGAAGUAACUAUAUUUUAGUACUGACAUACAUUAUUUUCACUGUGAAUCCAUUUUUUACUUGCAUGUCCAGAUGUCCCUCUUUGCUUUUUUGUAACAUUAACUGCAAUGAUGUUCUUCCUGGAAUCCAUGAAAAUAUAAUUAAAGCAGAUUUUUAAAUA